CCAAACACUUGUGAAUCACAAAAUACGGAAGAUGUUAAUUAACAGGCUAGGCUAACGUUAUGCAUAAAGUAAAAAAAAAAUCGUUUGAAAACUUUUGUUUUGUCAGGAAUGAUGUGCCAGGCCAAGACGUCCUACAUCGAGACGGAGAUCGAGUGGGGUGCCCGUUUUGAGCCGUGCAUGACUUUGGAGAAGGGCUCGUUCCGGGUGGACCUGCGGCGCUUCCACAGCACAUAUCCAGUGCCGCUGCCGCCGUGCAGCGCUCAGGACACGCAUCACCUGCUGGAGCUCCAGGACUCUCUGAAAGACUGCGUGAACUGGAAAAUGGGUGGCGACGAUCAAGAAAACGACAUCGUGAAACCAUCUGGAGCCUGUACUUUCACUAUACAUGAGAUCCAGGAGGAGCGAGUUUCAGUCAACGAAUCUGACUCGCUUUAGUUCUUUAUGAGUUAUGUUACACUGAUCAGCAUCACGUUCUCCUUGUCUAUAUUUUACAUUGGAACUUAAAAACAUUUAUUUAUUAAUUUAUUGAUUGAUUUAUUUAUUUAUUUUAACGAAGAAUUGAACACAGACCAAAUCAAUUAAUUCAUCCAUUAAUUUCCUUGACAGGCCUAUGCAUAUGUAACCUAUGUACGUAAGUUGAAAUGAUUGUUUUAAGCAAUUUAUUUUUCUAGAAAUUUUGGGUGAGGCUGCAUACGGGCACACCGAGCCAUCACUGUGACGUCACUAGCUCAAUUAAGUGCAUUUGUGUCUGACAGGUAAAAUCGUUGUAUCCUCCUCCUAUACAAACGCAAUAAAUCUAUUUCUACACGGAAAAAAAUGCUCCAAAGCAUUUUCUGUAAUUUAUAUUGACAGCUAAUAUCUAGUAGGAACUGCUUCACAAUUUGAAACAUACGGUCGCAGCUUCCGGUUUAUGUGGACUGUAGGGACUUUGAUAUCAUAUAAAUAUUCUUCUACUUCCUGAAUGCCAGUUGUACUUGAAAAUUUAAAUCACUCAAAUCACGAGUUAGCUAUAUUCGCCAUAAUCUUCGGUGGUAUAGACUUACAGUUUAACCAAAGUCCAUUUAAGUGUAUCCUAAUGUCUUUAGUUUAACUAUAAGGAUCAAUAAACCUGGCACCAUCCUCGACUGAAAAGCUAACUUAAAUCAUAUUGAUGGAAAUUUAAAAAAUCCGCCUUUUGCUACAGUGACCGUUGGAACUUAAAGUUUUUCCUAAUAUAUUAAUUUU